CACCGUUGAGUGUGGACUGUCAAUUUCACGUGACAAUUUAUCACAACAUUUUUACACCGGUUUAAUAAAUAAUAUAUCCUCAAUCUUUCCUCAGAUUUAUUGUCGAGUGAUUAUUAUAAUCAGUUAAAUUCCAGUGCAAGUGUAUAUUGAUUAAAUAAUCGGGUUAAUUGGAGUUUAAUGAACACCGAGUGAUUGCACACGUGUUGAGUUUUAUCAACAAAAUAAAUAAUUGAUAAGGGAUUUUGAGAUGAGGAACAACUGUCAUCCGGACAAAUCGUGGAUGCAGCCGGGGGGUGGAGGUGGCGUUGGCCACGGGAGAGGCAUCAAUCCAGGGGAUGAUGAAGCACCAAAGGAUCCCGGUGCACGUAUCACUCACCAAUCUUUUUCGGAGAAGGAUUAUGAAGGACACAGGGCGCACACCGUGUAUGUGGGUGUUCAUCUCCCGGGUGAAAAACGGCAUCGUCGACAUCACAAACACCACCACCCACGUCAGCCUGAUACCAAAGACGAAUCCGAGAAUGAGCGACCCAGGCCAUUGAUGAUGGCGAGAAGGGGUAGUCGACUAGCUAGCAUCUGUGACCCCGAUGGCGAGACUAUAUUCACUCCACCAGCACAAAGGGUGCAAUUUAUCCUGGGUGAAGAGGUCGGAGAUGAUGCCCACGAGUCUCAUCCACUUUUCUCGGAAAUGGAGGAGCUUGUCAAGGAUGGAGACGAGAUGGAGUGGAAAGAGACCGCACGUUGGAUAAAAUUUGAGGAGGACGUUGAAGAGGGUGGAAACAGAUGGAGUAAACCUCACGUUGCAACUCUAUCACUUCACUCGUUGUUUGAGCUGAGGAGUCUUCUGCUCAAUGGAACAGUUAUGCUAGACAUGGAGGCAAGCAGUCUGGAGCAGAUAGCUGAUCUUGUUCUCGAUAACAUGAUCAGCAAAGGAGUUCUACCAAUUGACACACGAGAGAAGGUCAGGGAGGCACUCCUGGUGAGACAUCGACAUCAGCACGAACGCCGGAAGGACAACAACAUGUCACGUCUCCCCAUAAUAAGAUCAUUAGCCGACAUCGGGAGAAAUCACUCAUCAUCAAAGAAUUGUGACAUAACUUGUGGUAUGCGUGGCUUGUUGACAUCAGAUUUACAGGCUCGUCCCGAUGAUGCAUAUUCACCAGCUGUUCCAAGGAGUACAAGUUGUCCAAAUCCAAACACAGCACUUAUAACGAAAGACUCGAAAGACUUAAAAGGACCAUAUCUCCUUGUACCAGGUCAAGAGCCAACGAUAGAUCGAAGUCCCAGUAGUAUAUCGAUAAGCAGAAAUCACAGUUCAGGUGGUUUAGACAACGGAGACGGCAAUCACAAGGUAAAUACGCAUUUUAUGCGGAAAAUCCCAGCAGGUGCUGAGGCAAGCAAUAUUUUAGUUGGAGAAGUCGAUUUCCUGGAGAAAACACUGCCGGCUUUCAUUCGUCUCAGUCAAGCCAGUAUGAUGGGGGAUUUAACGGAAGUACCAGUACCUACAAGAUUUAUUUUCAUUCUCCUCGGACCAAUGGGUGGAAUUUCCGGGUUUCACGAGAUUGGGAGGGCCAUGGCAACUCUGAUGUCCGAUGAGGUCUUCCACGAUGUCGCUUAUAAAGCGAGGAAUAGAAAUCAUCUGCUGGCGGGUAUCGAUGAAUUUUUGGACGCAGUCACGGUUUUGCCUCCUGGUGAAUGGGAUCCAACGAUAAGAAUCGAACCACCAGCAGCUAUACCCUCUCAGGAUACCAGAAAGCGACCGAAGGAGGAGAAACCUAAAGAGGAUGUGGAUGAAGAGGCUGAUGAACAAAAGCUCCGGGAGGAGUCGGGAUUGUCGAGGACAGGAAGAUUAUUCGGUGGACUCAUCAACGAUAUCAAGAGAAAAGCACCGUUUUACGUAUCUGAUUUUAAAGAUGCAGUGGCACUCCAGUGCAUAGCAUCAUUCAUCUUUCUGUACUUUGCUUGUCUCUCUCCCAUUAUCACAUUCGGCGGUCUUCUCAGUGAAGCUACUGGGAAGAAUAUGGCUGCCCUGGAGUCCCUCGUUUCCGGUUUCGUCUGCGGAAUCGGUUACGGAUUCUUCUCUGGUCAACCACUCACCAUUCUAGGUUCUACAGGACCUGUCCUCGUGUUUGAGACAAUAGUUUUCGAGUUUUGCAAAAAAAUCGCGUGGAACUACAUGUCGUUUAGAUUCUGGAUCGGUUCUUGGAUCGCUGGAAUUCUCAUUGUACUAGUUGCCAUUGAUGCUAGCGCCCUGGUCUGCUACAUCACGAGAUUUACCGAGGAAAAUUUUGCGACGUUGAUAGCUUUCAUCUUCAUUUACAAAGCAGUGGAGAAUGUCUUUGCCAUUGGGAGGAAAUAUCCCCUGAAUAUGAAUGGAGAUGAACUCCUGGAUAUAAAUUGCUUAUGCAGACCGCCUAAUAGUACGUCAAUAUUGCCAGGAAGCUACAGCAGUGUCAACUGGACUGCUCUAGAUAAAGUUUCGUGUCAGAAUUUGAACGGUACAUUAGUAGGGGAUGGAUGCACAACGCCUCAGUACGUACCCGAUGUGUUCCUGAUGUCAAUUAUACUUUUCAUGGGAACGUUUCUGCUGUCUGUCGAGCUCAAGGACUUCAAGAACGCCCUGUUUUUCCCCUCCAAGGUCAGACAAAUAGUGAGCGAUUUUGCAGUGAUAAUUGCAAUAUUUUCAAUGUCAAUACUCGAUUAUUGUACGGGAAUAGCAACUCCAAAGCUCGAAGUGCCGAGUGAAUUUAAACCGACUCUCGAUGGACGCGGUUGGAUUAUCUGGCCAUUCCAGGAGAAUCCUUGGUGGAGUGCAAUUGUCGCAGGUUUGCCAGCACUACUGGGAACAAUAUUAAUUUUCAUGGAUCAACAAAUCACAGCAGUUAUAGUCAAUAGAAAAGAAAAUAAGCUGAAGAAAGGC